AAGGAGAAAGUAGAUAAAAAUGGGCCUAACCCCUUCUGAGAAAAACAAAAAGCUGCGAUGGACAACACAGCGAACGUCAAAGCUUCCUCUUUGAGAUGGAAAAUUCUUCGUCGCGCGCUUCUCUCACGCUCCACUCCGCCAGACUCAGAAGAACAAUCUCAAAUUAUUAUUAAGCGCAUUUCGAGAAGGACCAGCCAUGGAUUCAACUUGAUACCCUCACAUGUAAUCGACCACGAACAUCACCCGAACAAACGCGAAGGUUCUUCCACCAGAGACGCUCGCGUCUGUUACACUUUACCUAUCUCUGACGCUCCUCAACUCUUUCUGACACAAAGAGUGGACAGCGGUGCUGACCUUGAUGAUUUUGAAAUAUGCAACAGAUACAACAUUGACAAUACGGGGCUCGUUUGUAAUUGGCCUUCAGAAGAUGUUCUUGCUCACUAUUGCUUGUCACAUGCAGAUAUAUUCAGGUCUAAAAAGGUUAUUGAGCUUGGUUCUGGCUAUGGAUUGGCUGGAUUUGUUAUUGCAGCUGCUACAGGGGCAUCCGAGGUUGUAAUCUCAGAUGGAAAUCCACAAGUAGUUGAUUAUACUCAGCGUAAUAUUGAAGCCAACGCUGGAGCAUUUGGGGAUACAGUUGUGAAGUCUAUGACUCUUCACUGGAAUCAGGAGGAUAUUACUAAUUUAGCGGACACGUUUGAUAUCAUCAUUGCGAGUGACUGCACUUUCUUUAAGGAUUUCCACAGAGACCUUGCUCGUAUUGUCAAACAUUUAUUAUCAAAAGCCGGAUCUUCUGUGGCUAUACUUUUAAGUCCAAAAAGAGGCAACUCGUUGGACCUGUUCUUGGAGGUGGCCAAGGAAAAUGGCUUACGUUUCAGUGUAACGGAGAACUAUGACCAAGAAGUCUGGAAACGUCAUGAGGGAUUCUUGAAUGAAGACAGGGACUCUUGGCCCAGUUAUGAGAAAGGUCACAGCUAUCCACUCUUAAUCAGAAUUACCCUUUGAGCUUUCUUUUACGCAUUCUCCUGGGGCCUCUUUCUGUUGUUGGUUGACUCUUAGACAAUGUUCAAACCAAUUCCCAGACAGGAAUUGUCCUGAUUCAGACACUAACCGAUUUCAUGCUUUCAUUGCGUAAUACAUUAUUUUGUUGGUUGGGUCA